AUGGGAUUUUGCUGUGUGAAAGUCACCAUGUACUUGUUUUUCUUCUUCAACCACCUUUUCUUCAUCUUGGGUGCGCUGAUGGUUGGGUUUGGAACCUGGAUUUUGGUUGACCGAAAGUCCUUCAUGCCCAUUCUGCAGAACUCAGUGCCAACGUUCCAGGCUGGGGUCUGCGUCUUCAUUGGAGUCGGCGCCAUCACAAUGGUGCUGGGCUUGCUGGGCUGCUUAGGGGCCCUCUGUGGCAUCCAGUGUGUCCUUGGCUUGCUAAAAGCAAGAAUGCCUCAAGCGGUCGCUGAUCUCUUCCAGACGUACGAUCCUAGUGAUGAAGUUAAUCAGACCCUCGAGACUGCUUGGGACUUCGUUCAGUCCCAGCUGUCAUGCUGCGGCUGGACCGGGCCAGAAAACUGGCAACUCAACAAAAUCCUCUGGAACAGAAAGCUGGCGUUCUAUCCGUGUUCUUGCAGCAACGAGACAGCGGACGCCUUGAUAGGGACAGGCUUCUGCAUUUUGGAUACUGAUUCUAACACGACCACAGUGGCUGACUGGCCCGUUAAGAAGCAGGGGUGCCAGACAGUUGUGGAGAACUGGUUACAGGAUAACUUUGACAUCUUUCUUGGGGUCUGCAUAGGAGUUGCUAUCACGGAGUUAUUGGGAAUAGGGCUUUCUAUUUGCCUCUGCAAAGGCAAAAUAUGCCAGUGCUGA